AGGAGGCCGCGUGCCGCAAGGAGGAGGAGGAGCGGCGGGCGCGGGAGCGGCAGGAGGAGGAGGAGGCCAAGUGCCUGGAGAAGUUCGAGGGGGCCGAGCCGCUGGAGCCGGCAGAGCUCGGGGCCUUCACCGACUCGAUGCUGCCGGGCUGCUCCCGCCUGCUGGAUGAGCUGCCCGACACCGUGUACCGCGUCUGCGACCUGCUCAUGACGGCCGUGCGCAGGAACGGGCCCGCCUACAGGGACAGCGUGCUCAAGCAGGUGGUGCAGCAGGUGUGGGAGGCGGCCGAUGUUCUCAUCAAGGCGGCCGUGCCGCUCACCACCAGCGACACCAAGACGGUCUCGGAGUGGAUCAGCCAAAUGGCCACGUUGCCCCAGGCCUCCAACCUGGCCACGCGCAUCCUGCUGCUCACCCUGCUCUUUGAGGAGAUGAAGCUUCCCCAUGCUGGGGCGGUGGAGUCCAGUUGUGUGCUG